UGUAUUUGUCUUCUACUUGAUUGUUUUCAAUAGUUCAUCUACAAGGCUUCAUGCCACUGUAGAAAGCUAUCUCACCUCCAUUCCGCCAAUAUCAAUCGAAUCAGCAUUCACAAGCAAGAACGCGUUCGUAGUCUUUCUGGCCACCAAUUCCAACAGCAGGAAGAAGCGUGGUGGUUUUAAAAACGAGGAUUACUACUUCACCGGCACAAGAAUGCUGAUCUACCAGCUCUUGCACGAUCCUGCAACUCGCACAAACACUUCCAUUCCAUUUAUUGUACUUGUGACCAGCGAGGUCUCGGUAGAAAAUCGGGAGCAGCUCACAAAGGACGGUGCUCAAGUAAUCGAGGUUGGCGAGAUCAAGUUUGACUGGGUCAAACCUCGUCGAGAAAGAUGGGCACAUGUCAUGGACAAACUGCACGUUUUCGAGCUCACUCAAUUCGACAAGGUGUUGCUACUCGACACGGACAUCGUUGUCACCAAACGCGUGGACCAUAUAUUUGACGACCCCGCUACCCAAGACUCUCCCAACUUGCAAAAGCCGGAUAAGAUUUACAGUGACGAGGCACCGCAGCCGUCGUCGUACAUCAUGGCCGGCAAUUGUGGACCUUUUGACAAGGAGCAUCCAUACCCGGUGGAGCGCGGAACCCGUCUCAACGCUGGGUUCGUUGUACUGAAGCCAUCCAAAGAGAUGUUUGAACUGUAUCUCUCCGUCGGCAAGACGGAAGGCAAGUUCCCCGGCCUUUCACCAGAACAGGACCUUUGGAACUAUGUCCACAAUCGGGAUGGGAACAUGCCAUGGAAGCAGAUUGAUCCGGAUUGGACGGUCAACAUCCCAUCGUGGAACGACUACGAACACGGUAUUGCGACUUUCCACGAAAAGUACUGGAAGGUAGCGAAAGACAACAAACUCAGGGAUGUCUUGCUGAGGAGUAGGUGGAAGAUGGAAGGC